AUGGAAUCGAAGCCGAUCUGGUAUCUCGCGUAUGGAUCCAACAUGAGCCAGGCCUCCAUGGCCAAACGUUCUGUCCAGCCGCUGCGCUGCGCAACCGUUCAGGCGACGACGCACUACCUCACCUUCGACAUAUUCGGCAUCCCUUACUCCGAGCCUUCAUACGCCAGCGUCGAGGCUUUUCCCGCUGACGGACGCUCCUCCGGCGUCGAGCUGGUCUGGGGCACGCAGCGCUUCGCCGUGCCGCCCGUCUGCGGCGUCGCGUACCUGCUGACGCCCGACGACUUCCACCGCCUUCUCGUGACUGAAGGCAGCGGUGUCGUGUACGAAGUCGUUGCCGUACAGGCUCUGCUGCUGGACUUGGGCGAGACGAUCGACGCCGUCACGUUGAAGGCCAAGCACCCGAUACGCCCGAACGGUGCUCCGAGUGCACGAUACCUGGACCUUUUCAUCAGCGGAGCAAAAGGUAAUGGCCUCCCUCAGACGUACGUCGAUUAUCUCGAGUCUCUUCCCCGCUACCAGAAGCCUGCGAGGCCGACUGUGGGAGCACUCAUCUUCGAGUACACGUGGAGGCCGUUCCUGAGACGCGUUGUCCGUCUUACAACGUGGAACGUCGACAGCGAGGGGAACUGCCCCGCAUGGGUUGCCUUCACCUGCGUUUUCCUUUACAAGCUGAUGUGGAAGUAUCAUGACUGCAUCCACCGCUACAUCUGGGGUAGUGGCGACGGAGGGAAGCUCAACUUCGUCCAAAUUCGACAAGAAGCCAUUCGAUGA